AUGCCUGAUAAGCACUACUUUACCACGUCGGCGACUGGAGGCAUGGCCCCAUCAAGUGGUUAUCGGCGCCCAAUCGCCUUACUCCGGACCGGUACCUUGACUUCCAGAAUGCAACACAACCUUCACAUCUUCCUCCGUGGUUACGAGUUCCAAGGAACUUUCUGUCCGAUCCAUGAUGCCUUGCAUUGUUCCUUCUACAUAUGGCACCAUAGCAAAAGUUUAUUUCAACCUUUUGUCAUUUCAUGCACCAAGGGCCUUGGAAGCUGUCACCUCCCUCGUCCUGGAUUCUCGCCAUUAUGGAGGGCGUCGUGGAUGUCGCAAAGCUAUUCCACAAGACCUGUCGAUGGGAACCGAGGUUCUCUGCCUACUACAAGUCGCCAGCUCAAAUCGGCGACUGUGGUGCUAGCUGUACUGUACAUCACCAACCUCGCCAUCAGGAAUCAUACCUACGUGCCGUCUUCGUAUGCCGCAUCCGACUGGCUGACCCAGCUUUGGCCAGUAUGGACUCGUGGAUAUCCCUCAACAUGGACUGCCCAUCUGUGA